AUGGGGCUUCAGCAAGUAGUCAAUGGUGCCACACACUUCUCAACCGUUACUGAAACUCUCAUAGAUCUUGUUUGCACAAACUUACAGGUUCGGGAAGUAACUGUUUCUAAUAUUACGGGCUCGUUCGGUCAUGCAAUGAUCACUGUAAAUCUGUUAGUGAAGAAAAGUAAAACACCCCCGAAGUCCGUUACUUACCGACCUCUCUCUAGUAUAGACAUCAAUAAUUUCAACUAUGAUUUAGAAUUGAUUGACUGGGAGUCCAUCUGUGCAGCUCGCACUGUGGAUAGUAUGGUUGACGGAUUUAAUUAUUUGGUCUUGUCUCUUUUUAACUUUCAUGCUCCGGUCAAAUCCAUCAAAAUAAAACACAAUAAGACUUUACCUUGGAUUACCGACACAAUCAAACAAAUGAUGAACCUGCGUAAUGAAGCCUUCGAUAACUAUCGCCGCACUAAGUCUGAUGUUCAUAAACGGUAUUACAAGGAUCUCAAAAAUUUGGUUGUGUCAAGUAUCUCCGCUGAGAAAUCUGCCUACUUUGAUCAUUUGAUAAACUCACAGGACUGCAGCAGUCAAACGUUCUGGAAGAAUUUAAAACAAAAAAUUCUAGUGGAUCCUAGUAGAACCGAUCACCUUCCAGACCGUUUUGGCGAUCCUGACGUUAUUAACGCACACUUCUUAAAUUUGCCUAGUUCCAGUGAAGUUCCUAUGUCGGAGUUCGAGAAGUUUUCGAGGGACAGAUUUGGUGAGGCGUUGUUUGAAUUGGAUACAGUCACGGAAGCUGCAGUGGCUACGUACAUUUUAAGUGUAAAGUCAAAUGCUGUUGGGUCGGAUGGUAUUAGUAGGGAGAUGAUCUUGCUUACCCUUCCUCGUACUUUAGGUGUUAUUACGAAUAUAAUAAAUAGAUCAAUCACGACGGGUACCGUCCCUAGCCAGUGGAAGCAAGCGCUGGUCACGCCACUUCCUAAGGUCAAUAAUCCUACCGAACUUAAAGAUCUGAGACCCAUAAGCAUCUUGCCAUUCCUGUCAAAGAUCCUUGAAAAGGCAGUUUAUUCUCAGCUAGUUAAAUUCGUUGAAGCUAAUAAUGUUCUUCCUGUUCUUCAGUCGGGAUUUCGUAAGGGCAGAGGUACUAUUACGGCCUUGUUGGAUGUGACGGACAACAUUCUCGCUGAACAGGACUCUGGUCGUGGUACUAUAUUGACGCUGCUAGAUUUUUCCCGUGCUUUCGACAGUAUCAAUAUUUCUCUGCUUCUUGCAAAAUUGACCUAUUACGGCUUGAAUGGUUCUGCAGUGCAAUGGUUUGCGAGUUACUUUUGUGCUCGUUCGCAGGCAGUCAAAUUGUCUGUGAGUGACGGCUCCAAUGUGGUCUCCGAUUUUCUUCAGACGCGUAUGAACGAUGACCUUGAGAGAGUUGCUGAGUGGUCUGCUCGUAAUGCACUAAUUCUAAACCCGAUGAAGUCCAAGUUCAUUGUAUUUGGUAGCAAAAAGCAAAUCAGCAACAUCGUAGACAGAGAUCCACACAUCGAGAUCGCGGGUAGUGAUGUGGCUCGAACUUUAGUCUUAGUGGUCUACCGGAGAUCAGAAAUUGGAGUUACGAAAAUUAUUACGGCGUCCAUGAAUGCAAAGGAAUUUGGAAAUACAAUUCACCACAACCAGUGA